AUGUCAUCCACGACCACGUCGGGCCAGUGUCUCUGUGGCAAGGUGACCGUCACCGGCAAGCCCCUCGCAUCGUUCCCGACCCUUACCUGCCACUGCGUCUCGCGCAAACGGCGCAGCGGUGGCGUUGCAUCAUACGCCUUUGUCGUGCCCAAGCAGAAUGUCCGGUUCCAACCAGAGCCCAACCCCCCAAAUCCAAUCGGCCCCGCGGGCGGACCUCACAGGAUCUUUGUGGACAACGAUACUGGCUCUGGCCACCCCAUGCAGAGGACGAUGUGCGCCGAAUGCGGCAGUCCUGUCUGCAUAAUUGAGUCGGCUGACCCCGAUGCGAGGUGUCUACAAUUCGGGCUAUUUGCAGACUCUCAGGGCGUGGAUCUGAAGGAUCUGAGUAUAGCUGUGAGAGGCGGCGGUAACCACGCUACUACUGGCGCCAGCAGUGCUGAGGAUGGCCUCGUCAUUGACGUCAGCAACCUCAACAGAAUUUCGGUUGACACAAACAAAGGCCAAGUCACUGUUGGAGGAGGAUGCCGCUGGGGAGAUGUAUACUCGACACUACACAAGCAAGGGCUGAUUUGCGUCGGCGGCGGCGUGCACAUCGUUGGAGUCGGUGGCCAUUUGACUGGAGGUAGUAAUACGCCCUCCCCGUUCCUAUCCCCCGCUCUAAUUAUGUCGACUGGUGGCUGGGGUACGUUGAAGGGCAAGUAUGGAAUGGGUUGCGACAAUGUACUGUCCUCAACGGUGGUGCUUGCGGAUGGGCGAAUUGUCACUGCGAGCGAGACCGAGAAUCCAGACCAGUCGUGGGCAAUUAAGGGAGGGUCAUCUCAAUUCGGCGUUGUGACAGACUUUGUUCUUCGAUCAUUUACUGAACCGCCAAUUGUAAUGCUCAACCUCACUGGUGUCAGAGACCCAGACCGCUACAACGAUGUGUGGACUUCAUUCCGAGAAGCAGCCAAACCUUCCAUGGAGCAGACGGUUGGGAACCUCUCCAUAUCGAACCUCUCACAUUCUUUCGACGAUGCUCUGCUAAAAGGACCACCGCGUGUGAUGAACGCUGGCUGUGUUGUUACGGAACUUUGGCCAGGAAUGGCCGAAGAGCUGUGGGAAUACUUCAUUACUUACUCGGCAUCUAGCGCCGAUGUCGUUGGCUCGAUGGUCGCCCUCGAGUUUCACGCCACUCGGCGAAAACAUCCGGUACUCAUGGGUGACCAGCCCCUACCCCUUCCCUCGGCCCCUCUCUCCCUCUUGUCCAACCGAGUACGGGAUGAGCUAUCUCUAACAAGUCACAGGAACUUGGUUGCUUCCCCAUCGACGAGCCUGUACAUCAUGCUGUUGUCAUUCACGGCCAGUGAGUUUCUCCGUCGUGACCUAACUGAACGUUUCAGGUCUGACCGCGAGCAACGCAAGACACCACACUUCUGCGAGUGA